AUGAAGUUUUUAGAUGAUUCUGAAGGAAUUAAGCUUUUUUCUUUGUACGCUUUUCGCCAAACAUAUCCUACACAUGAUUUCAACGACCUCGCCUACCAACUUGUGAAAUAUUUGCAAGGGCACCCUUUGGCGCUUAAAGUCAUUGGUAGUGCUUUAUUUGAAAAGCCCGCUCAUAUCUGGAGAAGUGAAUUGGAGACACUCCAAAUGUCUCUUAACUCAGAGAUUCAACAAAAACUGCGACCAACUUUUGAUUUGCUAGACUUUGAUCAAAAAAGAAUCUUUCUUGAUAUUGCUUGUUCCUUGAUAGGGGAAAAUAUAGAUCUUUCUGCAAGUGUACUCAGCAUUAAUUGUUCUGCGGUUGCUAAUAUUGAUGUUCUAGUCAAUAAAUCUCUAAUUGCAAUAUCACCAUAUGAUUUCUCAAUUCAUAUGCAUGAAUUGAUUCGAAACAUGGCAAGGGAAGUUCAGCGGCGUGAAGAAUCAGACAGGCCUGUCCGAUUAUGGAGUCCAUCAGAGGUUUACGCUCUACUUGGUGAAAACAAAGUAACAAAAAUAACUAAAGCAGUUGAAGUUCUUGUCCUUUUGUUACAGAAUCCUGUUAAAUCAGUUGAAAUAAAUUGUAAAGCUUUUUCUAAGAUGAAAAAAUUGCGGAUUCUUAAAAUUUGCCAUCCAGGGCCAAAAAUAUUUGAACAAUCAUUUCAAUUGAGCAUGUUGACGGACUCCCGUGUGAACUUCUCAGGAAGUUUGGAUUUUUUAUCCAACGAGCUAAGAUUGAUUUAUUGGCAUGGAUAUCCUUUCAAGUCCUUUCCAUCAAAUUUUCAUCCGGAGAAUGUUGUUGCCAUUGACUUGUCUUUCAGCAACAUCAUAAGUUUUUGGACAACACCUAAGUGUUUUAGAAGAUUGAAAGUGAUGAAUCUAAGGCACUGCCGUAACCUAGCAACUACACCAGACUUCACAGAGAUGGUCAAUCUCGAAAAGCUAAUACUUGAAGGUUGUGUGAGUUUGGUUAAGCUUCACCCAUCAAUUGGAAUGCACAGGAAACUUGUUAUGUUAAAUUUGAGAGACUGCAUACAUAUUAGAAGUUUCCCCAGCAAAGUUGAAAUGGAUUCUCUUCAGGUUCUAAUUCUCUCAGGGUGCUUAAAUUUGGAUAACCUGAAUCAGGUGUCCGGUAAUCUCAAGAGUUUGGAGAAGCUUUAUGCUGAUGGAACAGCCAUAACAGGAUUUCCUUCUUUCAUCUCAUCUCUAACCAACCUUCAAGUACUAGAGAUUGGCACACAGAUGGAGUCUUCAACAUUGUGGACAUCAAUCUUCCAAAAGCAACCACAAAGUUUGGUGUUGCCUUCUUUGGAGAGUUUCCCAUUUCUAGCGAAGUUAAAAGUCAUAAACCGCAAUAUAUCGCAAGUGCGCCAUGACAGUGGAGCAUUACUUUGUCUAAGACAUGUGAGUCUUAAAAAAUGUAAAACGGUAUUUGAUUUUUUGGAGCAUUUUUUGGAGCAACAUCAAUAUCUUGGAACGCUUCUUCUUUCUACAUCUCAACAUAUUUUCUCCAAAACACUGCCAAGGCUAAUUCACCGACAACAUAAUCUUCACUGUUAUUUCACGGGUUGCCCGUGCGUCCACAAACCAACUUCACAUGCAUCUACAAACCAACUUUCUAUUUGGAUCAAGUACUUGGGUAUCCAGAGUAGGAUACGUAAAUUCUUCCGAGUAAGUGAAUCCAGGAGUAGUAGUAGAAUAUCUGGAAAUAGAACUCCACGGUCGUUUACAAAAACCAAUAAUAUAUUGGAGAUAAUAUUUUAUGGAAAUAUAAUUCCACGGUGGUUUACAAAUAAAAGUAAGGGAACGAACUUAAAGGUGGAAUUACCUCCAAAUUGGUGCUACUCUAAGUUCAAGGGAUAUGCGUUUUGUGUUGUAUUCACGCUGAAGGAGUCUUGUAUCGGUCCACCAGGAGUCUCUGUGAACAACUUCGAUGGAGCCUCUCUAGUUGAAUUUCGUGCUACAUUGUUAGAGAGCAUACUAAUCUAUGAUACAGAUAUGAUGAUAUGGUUGUGUAUUAUGAUACCUGGGUUUGGAUGGAACAAAGCAAAGAAUUUUGUCACAUUUUCAUUCGGAGAUAACAAUGAAGAUGUUGAGGUGAAGGAGUGUGGUGUAAGACUUGUUUGUGAUGAUGAUGAAGAUUUUCCAGAAGAAAAAGAAACAAUUUUAAGUAUGAUACAACACCUCCCACCUCAAACUCAACCUACUGGAGGUUACUUCCGGUUUUCCGACAAUUUUGGUUAUACCAGCUUCUCAUGGUAG